GGGAUGAGCUGAUUGCGGGUAAAUACGCCGCCGCCUGGCCCCGAGAGGCCGCGAGGAGCCGCUUUUCUCCGAGUCGCCGCCCUGCCCUUGGAUUUGAGAUCAUGUCCAUUCACAUCGUGGCGCUGGGGAACGAGGGGGACGCAUUUCACCAGGACAAUCGGCCGUCGGGGCUCAUCCGCACUUACCUGGGGAGAAGCCCGCUGGUCUCGGGGGACGAAAGCAGCUUGUUGCUGAAUGCGACCAGUACGGUCGCACGGCCGGUGUUCACCGAGUAUCAGGCCAGCGCGUUUGGCAAUGUCAAGCUGGUGGUCCACGACUGUCCCGUCUGGGACAUUUUUGACAGUGAUUGGUAUACCUCUAGAAACCUAAUCGGGAGUGCCGACAUCAUUGUCAUCAAAUACAACGUAAAUGACAAGUUCUCAUUCCACGAAGUAAAGGAUAAUUAUAUUCCGGUGAUAAAAAGGGCAUUAAAUUCAGUUCCAGUAAUCAUUGCUGCUGUUGGUACCAGACAAAAUGAAGAAUUACCUUGUACAUGCCCGCUAUGUACCUCAGACAGAGGGAGCUGUGUCAGUACAACUGAAGGGAUCCAACUCGCAAAAGAGCUGGGAGCUACCUAUCUUGAACUACACAGCCUUGAUGACUUCUACAUAGGAAAAUAUUUUGGAGGAGUGUUGGAGUAUUUUAUGAUUCAAGCCUUAAAUCAGAAGACAAGUGAAAAAAUGAAGAAAAGGAAAAUGAGCAACUCAUUUCAUGGAAUUAGACCACCUCAGCUUGAACAACCAGAAAAAAUGCCUGUCUUAAAGGCUGAAGCAUCGCAUUAUAACUCUGAUUUGAAUAAUUUGUUGUUCUGCUGCCAGUGUGUGGAUGUGGUAUUUUACAACCCAGAUUUGAAGGAAGUUGCCGAGGCCCACAAGAUUGUCCUGUGUGCCGUAAGCCACGUUUUCAUGCUACUUUUCAAUGUGAAGAGUCCCGCUGACAUUCAGGAUUCCAGUAUCAUCCGAACUACCCAAGACCUCUUCACUAUCAGCAGAGACACUGCAUUUCCCGGUGCUCGCCAGGAUACUCCAGGCAACCCGCCCUUACGCGUCGUCGUCAAAGAUGCCCUCUUCUGCUCUUGUUUGCCGGACAUUCUGCGCUUCAUUUAUUCAGGUGCUUUUCAAUGGGAAGAAUUGGAAGAAGACAUCAGGAAGAAAGUGAAAGAUUCUGGGGAUGUUUCAAGUGUAAUUGAGAAAGUUAAAUGUAUUUUGAAAACACCAGGAAAGAUUAAUUGUCUAAGGAAUUGCAAAACUUAUCAAGCCAGAAAACCUCUGUGGUUUUAUAACACUUCCCUCAAGUUUUUCCUUAAUAAACCAAUGCUUGCUGACGUUGUCUUCGAAAUACAAGGUACAACGGUGCCAGCCCACAGGGCCAUCCUGGUGGCCCGUUGUGAAGUGAUGGCAGCCAUGUUUAAUGGGAAUUACAUGGAAGCAAAGAGUGUUCUGAUUCCAGUUUAUGGUGUUUCCAAAGAGACUUUCUUGUCAUUCUUAGAAUACCUAUACACAGACUCCUGUUGCCCAGCUGGCAUUUUCCAGGCUAUGUGUCUUCUGAUCUGUGCUGAGAUGUAUCAGGUGUCCAGACUGCAGCACAUCUGUGAGCUUUUCAUCAUCACGCAGCUGCAGAGCAUGCCAAGCAGGGAGUUGGCAUCUAUGAACCUGGAUAUAGUUGACCUGCUCAAAAAAGCCAAGUUUCACCACUCCGAUUGCCUUUCAACCUGGCUACUUCAUUUCAUUGCCACUAACUACCUCAUCUUCAGCCAAAAGCCUGAAUUUCAGGAUCUUUCAGUGGAAGAACGCAGUUUUGUUGAAAAGCACAGAUGGCCAUCGAAUAUGUACUUGAAGCAGCUUGCGGAAUACAGGAAGUAUAUUCACUCCCGGAAGUGUCGUUGCUUAGUAAUGUAACCCAGAGCUUUUAUAUGCAUAUGCUUUUUAUUAUUAUUAUGAAGAAGAAUGGGGUGCCUCUGUGUUCCAGUAAAAUUCUGUGACUGAAAACCAAUAUGGGCGUUUAAAAAACUACCAUACAGCUUAGAGUGUUUGUUAGUUCUCUGAAAAAAAACUACUAUUGUGAUUUUAAAAGGGAACAAAAUAUACCAUAGGCUAAAACCAAGGCUUCACCAUCCUAGUAUGUAAAGCUGUCAUACAGCUUCUUUUCCCCUUUAAGAUGCCCUAUUGCUUUAGUGAUACUAAUACGCCUCCCAGUUAAGUAAUGUUUAAGUUAAAAAAAAAAAUCAUGUAGUAUCAAUUAAAAAUUUUCAUUAUGUCUGAUUAAUUGCUCUCUUAAAGUAAGGGCGUUUUAAAGACCCAGUAUGACUAUUUCAAUAAUGAAAAAAUCUAGGGUAAAGCUGAUCAAUCUGAAAUUUUAGCAAUAGAUAUUUGCGUGGGAUUUCGAGAGUGAAACGGCGCUUGGUUUCAAAUCAGUGACAGUGUUUGAACCAUCGUGAAAAAACUUUGUUUUUUAUGUGGACAACCCAACUGAGCCACUUUGUCUUUUCUGUGGGAUGCUGAUUGGGCAGGAAACCUAAACAGGGCUGGCUUCACAGCCGUGGCACCUCUUGUCACCACACAGGGCCCCGUGCUUGGUGUGAUGCUCUGCUGUUACCAUCUUGAAAUUCUUAAUAAUGUUUAAAGAAAGGCCCUGCAUUUUCACUUUGUACUGGGCCCCCCAAAUUAUGUGUGUCUCCUAGCAGGAUAUGUACUGUAUUUUCUUGCUUAAACAUCAUUCUCUCUGAAAGCAAAAAAGAGGCACUGACAUGGAGGGAAGAGAUCACGUGGGGUUUCCCAUUCUUGGGGACGUCUGUACCACGGCGUGUGGGGGGAGCUCUGCUGCCACCUUGGCGGGCAAGGGAGAUACGCCUUGUGUUUACUCAGCUUUAAAACGCUCACAGCCCUGGCUCUGUCACAGUUGAACAAAUGCUUUCUUGCUCAUUUUAAGACCGGGAUGUUGGUAAAAGCUACUGACUGGUGUGAAUUUAAAACACAUUUAUAAAAAUACUCGUAGGAAGAGAUCCUUUCUAGAGAAAUUGCAAUCAGUGGCUUAAGAGUUUUUUGUUUCAUGUACUUACUAAGCUUAGGAGACCAGCGGCUUGAAUUGUUUGAAUUCUUUCUGAGGACCAUAAUGUUAUUUAAUGAAGAGUAGCAUGAAUCUUGUCCUUCAAGAUAACCCAGUAAAUUAAGAGAAAGGUUAAAGACUCAGUACAUAGAAAAUGGUACUAGCAUGGAAUUAUAGUUUCUCUUGUAUCACGUGUCAACAGAAAUAACUAGAAGUUCACAAGCCGAGAGAUGGAAAACCAGAUUACUCUUUAUCAAUAACAUCAUUUUCAUCUAUAAUUCAGUAUUGGGAUAUAUUUUAAUUUCUAAUGACUUUUAAGGACACCAAGUUUUUUCAGUUAUUCAAAAGUUUGAUUAAACAGUUUUAUACCACGGUAUUAGACAUAAUACUAUACGGUUAGUCCUUGGAUGUAUAUAAACACUGUUAGAGUAAAACAGUAAAAAUGCCCUAUAUAUAUCUUCCAAGAAACUUGAUUUUAAUUAGAUUAUUUCGAUGAAGAUUACUGGAAUGCAUUUUAUGUUUUUUGUACUUUAAUCACUUAACUCUUGGCAAAUCCCAUUUGAUAAGGAUAAGCAUUGUAAAGAAUAAAUACUAUAGUAGAUCUCUAGAAAUUCAUCACAUAUAAGAUCUUUUAAAACACAGUAAUAGCCUUAUGUUCUUCCUAAGGUAGUCUUUCCCCUAUGUGAAUUAUAGCACUUAAAAUUCGAAAUCAGUAACUUUUGAUCUAGGAAAUUGAAAAAAACAUUAAGUUCUAAAGCAAAAUAUUUCCUUGAAAAUACUAUUUCACAUUUACAUAGACCAUAGAUACUUUUGAGGUUGUUUGACCUGAGUGGAAGUUGAGUUUGGAAGCUGGUGCUCUGUGGGUGUUGAGCAUGUAGAUUUUAUUACGAAAGUCAUUUACCACCUGUGUGAGUAACUAAAGCACACAGAUGUUGUGGCUCUUCAGACCUAGUCAAAACAGUAAUCAAAUUAGUUUUUAAACCUAGACUCUUCGGUACCUUUGAAUUAACUCAAUUUAAAAUAACAAGAAAUUUAAAAAUACUUAUAAACUAUCUUGGAGAAAUGAGUGCUCUCUUUGAGUUUUUUUUUUUUAAUUGAAAGAUUAUUUCUGGAUGAAUGUAUGCUUUGAGUUCAUCUCUGCUUCAAUAUAUUUACCAAUCAUUUUAAUUAGAGAAGAUACUGUGUGAUAGAACUAAGGCCUUUUCUUUCUGGGCCAGGUUUUCACCUUAUAUAACCCUUUGUAUACUUCUUACUGCUCUUUGUUCCUAUUAUAAGAGAGUAGGCUUAUAAAAUAGAAGUUUCAGUAACAUAACUGAAAUUCACCCUGUCCAGCCGGCAUGGCGGCUUCACAUUGGGCAGUGGCAGAAAACUGAACAGUUGGAUUAAUUGAACUUCCAAGACAGCUAAACUUUUCAACUGCAAUUUUAAAAACUACACUACACUGACAUAAUUAGAAAAAAAAUUUCCUCAAGAGUACUUUAUUUUAUUUAAAGCAUCUGUUUAAUUCAAUCUUUAAUAAUUUUACUAAGAAGGGUAUGUGUGUAUUUUAAUAUAGCCUGACCUGAAUUUAUAUGUUUUUAGUUUUAGUAUUUAACAUUUUGUAACAAAUAAACCUUUUUUAA